AUGAAUGGGAUUCAAACAGUCGAUCAUACAUCUGGUGCUCGAUUUGCUGUUCCUUUAACGAUGCAGGCUCACCCAGUUAAGCUUACAGAUACGCUUCCAACAGAAAAAAGCGACAUUUUAAAUCAGGAUGAGGCACUUCCAUAUUGUGCUUUGUGUCAUUCAGUAGUGAAAACCUGGCAAGGUUACGAGUAUCAUGUCUUAAAAGAGCAUUUAAAAUACCGCGCGUAUCGAUGUAUACAUUGCCCGAAAGAAUUGUUUUACACGGAGGAGGAGGGACGAUUUCAUAUGAGCGGAGCUCGCUGCCACUUCAUAAUGUCCGCUCCGUCGCAGAACACAUCGAGCAAGUUUCUUUCGUCGGUCAACGGGCUGGUACCGUCGACGAUUUUCGAUCGAGGAGGUAGUGAUAUGGAUGAUUCGGAAGAAAUGGAAGAGAUUCGCGAAGUUUUGUACGAAAUGAUCAAAAAAAAUUUUCCAAUGGGAGUGGCUGCAACUCAUCUUGCCGAAAAGUAUCACGAAGAAUAUGUUGAAAAAGGACUUGGACGAGAAUUGCCCGAAGAUUGGCUGCAGCAAGUGACAGCCGCCGAGGAAUUCGAAGCACAGACGCGCGGUCCGAUCACAAUUCUAUUCGUCCGUCUUUCGAACACAUCGUCGUUCAAACGACCACCAAUCAAUUCAGUGAAUGUGAGAGUGAUUUCCACCGAUCGCGAGCCGACAACUGAAGAAUUGAACAAGUUAAAACAUCGUAAAGAGACCGAACCAUUGGAACAUGCGAAAACGCUUUCGAAGUUGUCGUCGUCGUUGAAAGAAUCGAAUAAAGUGUUGGUGGUUAGUGCUGAUUCUCCUCUACGCUUUUUCAUUCGUGCUUCAAUCGACGAGAAUCAGUUUGAGCGAAUCGGUGCAACACUCGCUGAAUAUUAUGCUCAAGAGCUUCCGCCGUCCCCUUUGGACAGCCGUGUCGCCAUUUAUCAAAUUAUUUGCGGUGGGGCGUACGCACUCCAAGAUUCGUCCGGUUCAUGGUUCCGCGUAAUUGCCAAGGAACCACCGCACGCUGGAAUGGUCCUUUGCCAUUUCGUCGAUGUCGGCGUGUGCGAGAAGUUUCCGGUUGCUGCUAUUCGACUGCUUCCACCUGCUGGACAUCCUGUCAUGUCAGUAGGGUCGAUGGCACGUGAAGUACGUUUGGAUAUUAGCGAUCAAGAGGCUUUGAAUUUGAGCAAUCGAUUCAUUGAACUGACGUUUGGACAGAAUACCAGCGGAGUUCAAUCACCACUUAGUUUGACGCUUGAUAGUCUUAAAGAAGGGAAUGACAAUGAAAUUCCAACGGUUGAUUUGAGAAAUGAACAGAACCAAUCGAUCACCGAACUGUUGAAGAAGCCCACCGGAAUUAUUAAGCUUAGCUCACCAGUAUCUACUUCUUCGAAUAAGAAGAGCGAUGCUAAAAAUGGGAACACGCCUCCUUCAACGGUGCUCACCAAUUGCUCAUUCGACAAGCACGCAGUGAUCGAACCUAUGUCGAUUUCGCAAAUGCCGUCAUCUCCAUUCCCAGCAAACGCGAUUUUCGCUGCAGGACCCGCUGACAUCUCGCUCCGACAGUUGUCACUGGAUCCGAUGCCAGAUUACAUGUAUGCGAAACUCAAAGAAGAAUGCGCGGUUGCCGAAUCAAAACUUAAUUCCGAACCGGAAUUCGGAGCAUUCUAUGCGGCGAUAAUUGACAAUCGAUGGGAGAGGGUCCAAUGUAUUCGUAGCAGCAAGAUUGAUCGUCAAGCGUAUUGUGUUUAUUUGCUCGACGUCGGCGCUUUUCAAUACGUUCGCAAGGAAGCGAUGAGAAAAUUGAAUGCGACGUCUCCUUUCAAGAAAAUGCUAAUGUUCAAGUGCAAAAUCGCGAAUAUCAAACCAAUCGCGGGCGAUGUGUGGAGUCGCGAUGCGCAUGAGGCGGUACGCGAAUUUUUCGAAGCCGCGUGCGGAGAACCAGUCAUCGUAAGUUUCAUUCCGUCGUCAACAAAUGUUGAACCUACCCCAAAUUCAUCGUGGACCCAAUGGAAACAAUUGAAUGCACCUGCGGUUCCUCUAUGUGAAGCAAAGCUCUCAUGUUGUGGUCGAGAUAUUGGCGAAUGGUUGAUUGCAUGUGGCCUUGCUCUUCCUAUUGGAGCCCCGAAAUCGCCAGUGGUCACAUUUGCUCCAUCCCCUACUAAUCAGAUUGCAUAA